AUGACCAAGUCAUCAAUCUGCGUCGCCUUCCACGGCGACUUAAUCCUCUCACGGGCCUGCCACGAGGACUCGAUCGUGCUCUGGCAGAUCGAGGGCUUCUCCUCAACGGACCCCAUCCCGGGCCCACUGGACGCGCCGACACCGACCGACGUAGCUAAGCAGACGCGGUCCUACUUCACGCCGACACUCUCGCAAGACCGCCGCGCUAUGUUUACGCGCCUCGCCCAGUUCCACACGCCGGACUGCGGCGUCCAUCCCCGGAGAGCGCAGAAGGCCCCCGCCGUCCAGAAACCCGCGUGGCUGAUGGUCAAACGCGGGAAGAAGACGGCUGCCGCCAACGCCGCGGCUCACGCGGCCGCGGGGGGUGAAGGGGGCACACCUAGUCUGCGGUCUUUCGUGAUGAGCGGUGGCGCCAGCGCAGCGGACAAGGAAUCGAUGGUCUCGGCGAGCCCGGACCCGGAGGGCGUUGCCACGGGGCUGGGCUACAGCAAGGAGACGCUGCAGGCUUGGGCCGAGAUGUAUGAUUUGUCGAAUCCCGUCGGCUAUAUCAAGGCCCAUCGGACGCUGCAGAUCGACGGCGGGUUUGUGGGCAGGCAGGUGGGCUGGAGCCCGGAGGGGGAGUGGUGCGUGGUGGUGGGGAAUGGGAAUAGGGCGCUGAUUUAUCAGCGCUGGGCGAAAGAGAAGGGGGUGGCUACGGCGAUGGCCGUGAGUGUGGUGGUCGGUUUCAGACUGCUCACCGCCCGGUUUCCCUUCUUCCAGCCCAUCGAGCCCGUAGUCUAUCGGCUCGUCGACGUCCAUAUCGCCGUCCUCUUCCUCCCAGCUGCCAGCCUGCUGCACUUUCUCCAGCCCCCUCUUGUGCGCAGCAUGCGCCGCUUCCAUCUCGGCACUGAAGAGUGCGACUUGGAAGUCCAGCACGCUGUUAACGCUGCCGGCAUGCUGCUUGCUGUACGGGUACUGCUGGAUGAGAUACUCGUAAGGCGGAGGUGGAGGCGGAGUUGGGGUGGUGAUUGUGGUGGUGGUCGGAGUCGGGGGUCAGGUGGUUUCGCCGUCCGUGGUGGUCAGCCAGCCCUCUCCGUCUCCGCCCCCACCCCCGCCUCCCUCGGUGGCGGUCGCGUCGUCGUCGGCGUCGCUGGCGGGGGUGGAGGGGAGGGCUGCGGUGGUGGUGGUGGUGGUGGUGGUGUUGCGGGGGGCGUCGGGUUCGGUGUCGGAGUCGGUGGUGGUGGUGGUGGUGAUUUGUUUGCAGGAGGGCCAGAAAGUGAUGCGGUGAGGGAAGCCUGGGUGGGCUUUGGAGGGGAGGGGUUUCUCGGCUGA